AUGACAGCCAAUCAGCUAGCUACGCACGUCCCUGAUCUGGUUAUGGGGGCUAACCAGCUCAAAUCCCUUCCUCGAAGCCAAAAGUUUGACGGUGUGCUCAUGUUUGCAGACAUUUCAGGAUUCACUGCGCUGACUGAAAGAUACAGCAUGAGCUCUCGCAACAGCAGCAGUGGUGCAGAAAAACUAUCUGCUGCCCUCAAUAGUUACAUUGGAGAAAUCGUGGAGAACAUCAUAGGAUCUGAAGGAGAUAUUCUGAAAUUUGCAGGUGACGCAUUUCUUGCACUUUGGAAGUUGCAGCGGGAUAGCCUGGAUUACACACUAAUGAGAGUUAUCAAGUGUGGUCUCCGUAUUCAGGAAAGAUGUGAUAACAGAGAAACUGAAGUGGGUGUCAAGCUACGCGUCAAAUUAGGUGUUUCCAUUGGUCCUGUUCGUGUAACCACUGUGGGCAAUGAGGAGUCUCGGCACUACGUUCUCAGUGGGCAGGCUGUCGAUGAUGCCAAUAAAGCUGAGAAGUUUGCUACUUCUGGAUCCCUCGUCCUAUCCCCCAAGACCUGGGCUUAUACCCCUGAACAUCAGCUCUUUGAGUACCGCAUGCUGGAGGAUCGAAGACAUGUAUCAGUGCUUUCAAUUAUCGCCCAACCCAUUGAGACGGUAGGUGCUAAUGUUGACCCAAGCUAUGGUAACCAGUACAGUAGAAACCACAAAGACAGUGGUGGCAACCUCACAGCUGGACAAAGUGUGACUGUCAUUCGACUGUCAUGUUCCGCUCCAGCAUCUACUGAUGAGCACCAUGCUGACGCAGUGGGAAGAGAACGAAGUUGGGCUUUUCGGUCCAGUACCGACGAUGAGAAAGCAAGAUUAAGAUUAUACAUCAUUAAACCGGUGCUGCAAAAGAUCGAUGAUGAUCUUCCUUUAGAGUAUCUCUCUGAGAUGAGACAAGUAAGUAUAGUCUUCAUUAAUCUCGUAGUGUCAUCUUCAGACCACGAGAGUGAGAAGCGCAAUCUACAUACUGCUUUCAACGUAGUAUACGACGACAUGAAGGAAUUUCAAGGUUGUCUAAACAAAGUGUUCAUGUUUGACAAGGGAUGCACAUUUCUUGCUAUAUUUGGUCUUCCUGGUUAUAAACACGAGGACGACUGCGCACGCGCACUACAAUGCUCAUAUCGACUACUGGAACACCUAAAAGUUACCCCAAAUGUCACGCAAGCUUCUAUCGGUGUGACAACUGGAUCUACUUUCUGUGGGGUUAUUGGACAUAUACAUCGACAUGAAUACACUGUGAUUGGGAGGAAAGUGAACAUGGCUGCCAGACUCAUGAUGCAUUAUUCUGGUAGAGUAUCUUGUGAUCCUGAGACGUUUCAUCAUUCCAAACUACCAAGACACUUCUUCCGUGAACUUCCUCAUAAAGAGAUGAAAGGUGUCCGGAAUGCUGGGGUCAUCCAGGAAUUUGUCCAAGGAGAAGAAUCAGAGACAGUGACAGGAAAUACGGUCCCGGAGUUCGAUUAUCCACUUCUUGGGCGUGAUAAGGAGAUGGGUACAUUUUUAAAUGAGUUAGGUAUGAUUCGAGAACAUAAGGAACGAGGUGAACAUCGCCGUGUUAUAGUGUUUGAUGGUCAAGCAGGAAUCGGUAAAACUAGAAUGCUAGACGCUGUCAUCAAGAAGGCUGCCAUUGAAGAUAAUCUGGUGAUAUCCAGCGCUUUGACGAUGACUGAUGCUAAUGUACCGUACUAUACUGUUAAGCGUCUAGUAACCGUACUUCUACAAAUGGAAGAUUGCGCAAGUCACGUGGAACGGGAGCAUGCGCUGUUGGAGCACGUUCAGAACGAGGCUCUACGGGAAGAUCUCUGCCUUCUGAACGACUUGUUUGUUCUUAAAUUACCAACAAAUCCAAGAUUUCUGAACAUGACGAGUGAGCAGCGGAUACGUGAGCUUCAUAAUCUUAUUGCCAAGAUCGUCCACCAGUUCACUCUCCACCAAUGUGUAAUUUUUGCCGUGGACGACGCCCACUUUAUCGAUCCAGACUCUUGGGGCUUCUUGAUUGAUUUUGCUGCUGCUUCCUCAGCCGUUUGUGUUCUGACUAUGAGACCCUUUAAACCCGACAAACCACCAUGCAUAGCUGCCCAUCGUGUUCUAUCCCAUCAAAACACCUUGCAUAUUAAACUCGGCAGUCUACGCUCUAGUGAGAUGGCAUCAUUGGCGUGCCAGCUUCUUGAUGUAGUCAGAGUGCCCCAAGAUCUUGUUGGAAUACUCCAGAAGAAGAGCCACGGCAUUGCAUCUUGGUGUGAGCAGCUCGUUCAGGAGCUCAUGGCAGUUAAUCAACUCAUGAUCGUUCCUGAGGGUAGCAAACAAGCAGCCGUAGCUGAUGACGAAGCUAGUCACAUAACACCGAGUAUUACUGUGUUACAGAAGUCUAAAGAAAGUAGUGCCAAUGGUGGCACUACUGGAGCUGGUCGCAGUCGACGAUCUAGCGUAGAUAGCGGGACGUCACCGAUGUUUCAGGUACCUCAAUUGGCAACCCACAUGCUAGACCAGCUACGUGAGAUGCAAGAAGAAGGUUUACAAGAUGAUGAUAUAGAUGAAGAUGAAGAGCCUAACAUGGUGUGUGUUGUAGCAUCUGGAAUCAAACUAGCAGAUUUACAGAUACCGGAUUCAAUGACAGGCAUGAUGCUGGCCCGUAUCGAUCACAUGAAACCAUCAGAGCAAAUGUUGGUAAAGUGUGCUGCCGUUCUUGGGCUAACAUUCACCCGCCAUAUGUUGGAGAUCAUUGUUCCCAACACCACUGGCUGGAAGAUUCGUCGCCUCCUCCAUAUCCUGAUGAAAGGUGGAGUUUUCGAGUGUGCUACAUACCACCUUACAAUCCAUGGGUUGAGCUAUGGUGUCAACCAACGUAUAGCAAGCUCUGUCUCAAGCCAUUUCGGCACUCUGGGUCACGGUAACCGACUUACGGCUGGUAUUAUCUGCCACUGUCCAAAAACUGCGAUUCAGGAGUCUGAUGUGGAGGUUCCGACUGGGUCGAGUUAUAUGUUCAUGACAGACUGCAGCCAUUUGAGAUUUACCAGUGCUUUCAUGCAGGAGACAGCUUAUGGGUUGUUUCUCUCUGAGCAGCGACGUAAACUUCACCGACAGGCGGCAGAAUAUCUGGAGUCCCAAGCACAUAAGUGCACGCCCUGCGGUGGAGGUGACUUCCUACCCGGUAGUCAUCAAUAUCUUGGGGAGACUAAAAUAACAACAAAGAAGACUCGAGAGGAGACUACACGUAGUAAACAAAGCUUGAAGCCGGACAAGGUUAAAGAUAUCACAACCGGGGAAAAACAUUCGCAUAAUGGAAGAAGUGCCCGGCAAGUCACCUUCGAUGAAAACAGAGGAGAAACCGAAAACUACGUUCAGGACCACACAGACAACAUGAUGAACACCAUUAAGAAAAGCAUCAGGCGUCGUAGUGUAGCAUUUGUUGCACCACACGGUGAGAACGAGUCACAUGUUGUGCUGAAUGAUGACGAAGGUAGUGAUGAAGAGGACAACAACCCGUCUAUCGCUCCGAUUAAGUACCAUCAAUCCCGGAGAGCUACGCUUACUAUACGUAAAGGAUCACUAGACAACAACCUUAGCGUUAUCAGCUUUGGUGAAAUCUAUGAGUCGCCGAUUGCCAACCGAUCUGCAAGCCCAAGUUCUCUGGAUUUGGAGCGAAUGGAUCUUCGAGAAUGCCGGUGUGCUGAUGUUCUAAACACGGUGUACCCUCAGCUAGUGCGUCAUUGGAGAGCAGCCUGCUAUACAGUCAAAACUGUUCAUUUCCUAUCUGAGGCUGGUAGUGCUGCAGUAACCACUGGCAACCAUUUGCAGGCUCUUUCCUACCUACAUGAAGCUACCAGCAUGAUUAAGGAUGUCGAUAGUGGUCACAAUCCUUUGGCAGACGAUCCAGCAACAGCUGUGACAAUUGACAGGCAAGAGCGCGCCAAAAUACAAAGUACAAUGGGUCAAGCUUUGUUUAAAAUGGGCCGCUUAGACGAGUCCAUGCCCCACUUCAACCAGGCCCUUAAACUCCUUGGCAACAGGCAGCCGUCUUCCAGAGCAGGAGCUCACUUUAAAUUGUUGAUAGAGGGCGUACGUCAACUCUUUCACGUUUGGUUUCCGGAACGGGCCAUCGGAAACGCCUCUAAGCGCAUCCAGUAUAUUGAGCAAGCACGGUGCCUAUCUAACAUGUGGCAUUCUUACAAUCGUCAACAAGACAGUCUACGGUGUCUUCUAGCUGCCACACAGCAGGUUAAUCUAGCAGAGAAGGCCGAUGAAGAUUUGCACGAGCUAAUAAGCGCCUACAAUAACAUCAUUGCUUCUUGUCAGAUGAGAAAGUGGAUAAGUACGGGCGAUCACUACGAACAAGUUGCGAUGAAAAGAUGCAUCGAUUCACCAGUUGGCGUUGGUCCUGAUGACCUCAUUACCAUAGGUCAACUUUACAAAGAAAGUAUGAGAGUUCGUCUUGGUAAUGGUCGGAUACAAGGCGCUCUAGACACGGGAUAUAGUGCACUGAAGAUAACGGAGAAGAUUCACGAUAUUGAUCUUCAAAUGCAGACACUACCACUGCUCGCACAUGCAUUGCUGCUAGAUGGAAGGAUAGCGCAGUGUGUAGAGAUGUUGGGGAAGCUUUCAUACGCAGCCAUGGAGGAAGAAGAUGCACAGGCACGAGCAGCGUAUUACUAUGGAUGUUUGGAUCUCAUAUUAGAAGCAGGUUUUGCGCUUGAAAGUCACCAGUCUUGUGUAGAUUUUGCUACCAUGGUAACUGCAGACUCUUCAUAUUCUGUUGAUACUACACCACGAUACUAUCUUACAGCGUGCUUGGCACUGUGGUACAUGCGCAAAGACCGUGUAGAUCUCGGUAAGCAGUGGCUAGCAACAUGUGAAGAGGCUGCACCAUCAAGUCGUCUGCCAAAUAUGACGACCGUCAGAGCAGAGUUUAAGAUAUUAGAAUGCCGACUUCUGGCUUACUAUCGUGCCCUUAAAGCUAAGAGGGACACCGCGAGGGUUAAGACCCCCGUAAAGAAGAUGCUGAAGAAACUGAAGAAACACACCUCACGAUUCCCGGGUUUAUUGCCACGUUAUCUCCAUAUGACAGCCUACAUGCACAAACUCAACGGCUCAGAUAGCAAUGCUAGAUCCGACCUGUUGAAUUGUAUUCAAACCAGCCUGAAGAAUGGCAAUCGUAAUGAGGCAUCAUGGGCUGAGCAUAGUCAGUCUGUAUGGUUUGAUCCUACCCACCCAAUGACUCAAGACGAAUUCUGGCAAAGAUCUACUGAGGAAGAUCUGGACUGGCAUGUGGCAAGUACAUUGGAACCAGAUAUCAUUAAAUUUACAUUACCUUUACCGAAAUAGAUUGGAAAUAUACUUCGGUACCUUCACGUGACGUCAUUAAAUGCGAUUGAGUAUGAUUCUCUAAAUGUUUACAAAGGAAUAUAGUAUAAAUGCAGUAAUUUAGACUAGUUACUUAUAGUAACAAAACAAUAACUUGAAAUUUAGCAAAAUGAGCUUACCCAAAAAUUAUAUUCUACGGUAACAAUUAUUGUAUUCUAAGUAGUUUAGUUGUGUGUUGGGCCUGAUCAUAUUGCACAGAAUGUGCAACCAUCUUGCACAGAAUGUUAAAGCCGUUAUAUA